AUGUCGGACGAGGAGGAGGGUACAAGAGAAAAUACACCCGGUGGGGUGUUGAAAAUGCGCAGACGCAUUAUGUCCAAAAUACGCGCCUCCAAUCUCUUGACGGAAGCACUAUCAAGUCAAGCGUUGGCAAUGGACCUCAAAGACCUUAAAGCAUUGAUGGAUAUGAGGAUCCGCUGGAAUUCUACAUAUACAAUGAUAGAACGGAUCCUCUACCUCCGACAUGCAUUAGAACGCCUCAUCAGACUGGAGGAAAAGCUGGGUCCCUCCGGUUCUUUCCUAUCUGUUAACGAUUGGAGCAUGUUGGAGAAACUGCGAGAGAUACUGGAAAUAUUUGAAGAACAAAGUGACGAGACCACCGGAAAUCCAGCACUAGCACGAGCAUGCGAGGAAGGGUUCAAUUUGUUGAAUACAUACUGGAUGAAAACAGACGAACGUUCUGCACAGGCGAUAUCUCUAAUCCUAGACCUCCGCCUAAAACUCGUCACAUUUACACACCUAGCGUGGGAGGAUGAAUGGGUGCAGAGUGCACGAAGAAAACUGGAAAGAACCUAUUUCCGGCAUUACGCUCCAAAAGCGUCCUCUCCAGAUACAUCUAGCCCGCCAGCUUUGUCUCAAACAGAUCCACUAGAUGACAUACUCUUUGGCGGGCCGAGCAGAAUCCCCUUUGACGAAGAAUCUCUGAACUCGCAACUGGACAUCUAUUUACAGGAGUCAGUAUCGGAUCGAACAGUUCCAGCUCUUGUUUGGUGGAAGGCAAAUUGUCACAGAUUCCUAGAUCUUGCAAGAAUAGCUCGAGACUAUAUGUCUAUUCCAGAUAGUAGCGCACCCUCUGAACAGCUAUUCUCACGAGCUGGGGAUAUAAUAAGCAAGAAACGGAAUAGAUUGGUUGAAUCAAGCGGGCCGCUCCUACUAGUCAAGAGUUGGCUCCACUGGCCAGAGGUUGAAGAAUGGGAAAUCGAACUAGAAAGAAAGACCGAAGAAAAAGGAGAUAUCAGCGGGUCAGAUGCAGAUAUGGAAUCCGAAUAUGCAAUUGUGAACGGGUUCUGA